AUGAAUAGACUUGCAUUUGAUCGAUUACCUGAUGAACUUAUGAUCCUUAUCCUUUCACAGCCUGUUAUCGCGUUAGAAACACUCAGAAAUAUGCAAAGCAUAUCUAAAAGAAUAAAUCAAUUGGUUCUACAUGUCUUGAAUUAUUACCGACUUCCUGCCAUUCAAAUUGGAAUCAGCAUAGACCAAGAAGGCAAAAACCGCAUUACAACUCAGUUUGUAUUCAGUCAGUUUUGUCCAAUCACUCGUACUAUUCGUUUUAUACUUACACAGCCUCAGAAAGCAAGGCGAUAUUAUACUAACAAAGCUAUUCCUGUCAUUCGAUUUUUGAAUACCAAAGAUACAUAUAACAUGCAACAGGACAUUCGAUAUCGUCGUCUUUCAAGCGCUUCAUCUUCAUCACCGUAUCAAGGCGAAACUGGCGAGAAGCAGGAUGAUGUGGCCAAGAAAACUUUACCUCCUCGACAUUCUUCCCCUAGUUUAUUAAUAAAGAAAGACGAAAAUGGAAACAAGCUGAGAAACUAUAGGCUUCAAUUCCAAAAAAACGGAAUUCACACUUUAAAAAAGUCAGCAGGAUUUCUUAAUGCGCCACCUUAUUUUAAACUAACGUAUCAAAUCAGUGACAAACAACACGCAGAAUACUAUCUUGCACCUAUUGAACUAUAUAUCACAUUUGAUCAUCUAGUAAAGGAAGAGGGCUGCCAGCCUAAUAAGCAUUCUACAGUACAACAAAUGGUGAAUUGGAUUCAAAAAAGUCUGCAUUGUUCAAGAUGUAUCAAUAUAAAAUAA